AUGUCGUGGCAACCUAAGCUUCGGCCCAAGGGCUACCCUCAUACCAUUGAUGACUUUGCCAUGGCUUCAUUAUCAGAACUGGAGCAACGCUCUAGGACGGGUGAGGAUAAACGAGACCAGCGCGUGUUUCGGGUCAAGCGCAAGCAUGUCCUGAAGGCAUGUGAUCGGUGCCGCGUCAAGAAGACAAAGUGUGAUGGGAAACAGCCUUGCAACCGCUGCUCGGUUUACAAUCACCCUUGUCUUUUCCGCGAGAGGAAAGCUACUCAGACCAAGGUUUACUCACGAGGAUUCGUUGAGAUGCUUGAAUCCCACCACUCGCUGGUGGUCAAAGCCUUGCAGAAACUAUACAAAUUCUGUGUCAACAAUGAAGGCUUCCCGGGAGAACCUCUAGCAGAAGCACCAGAUGGGCACCCUCUGACGCACGCCAUCCUCGACCGACUAGGUCUGAUUAAACAAGCCGAGGAGAACGCGGAUGAGCCCGAUGAAGACUCCGAGGACCUGAGAUACCUUCGGCUGCUAUCCACAUCCACCGAGUGCAGCGUCACAGCAGAGCCAUCCCCCGAGCCUGCCACACCUCCUGAGCCGUCACCGAUAACGGAGUUCCGACCAUCCAUCUGCAAUCCAAUGUCAACUCCUCUGACCGCGCGCAGCAAUUCCAGUUGGCAGUGGGGUAUGCAGUCUGUUCAGCAAAGCCCCUUCAACUAUGCAGAGGCCGGGUACCAGGAAAUGAUCACCAUGCCCCGAUCCUCUAUAAACGCGCCAGAUCUAGCACCAAGUGAGCUCCCGCCCCAUGUCGACAUGACUACUAGAUCCUCCGUCUCCCACGGCCAACGGCACGAUCAGUCUCUUGCAUACUUCCUUGAUGGAAACUGCAAUACUCAAGAUCAGACAGAAUCCAAGGCUGCGGUUAGGAUGCACCCAGGGAUCAUACCCGAGACACAUAACCAUCCCAUGGGUAAUCUGUCCAGUGACAUACUCGGUGACUUCCAGUUUCAACAACAAGAGUCCCAUUUCUAUCCUGGGUUCACUCCAGGCUGGACCUUUCCCUCGGGAUAG